AUGGGUAAUUCGGGCCUUAGACAACAUUAUGAUACCGCUUCGAAGACUGGUGUUUUACAAAUAUCUGAUAAAAAAUUAAAAGACAUACCUGUGGAAGUGUUUAAUUUAUCAGAACAUUUACGAAAUUUAGAUUUAUCUAAAAAUAAAAUUUCCAGUGUACCAGAUGACAUAAGUAGAUUAAAAAAUUUGAAGCAGCUGAACUUGAGUGCAAACCAUAUAGAGGUUUUACCAGAUUCUUUGAUAUACCUUAAGAAACUUGAAAUGUUAAAUGUAUCUAAUAAUUCAAUUUCUUCUCUACCAUCUCAUUUUUCAAACUUAAAUAACUUAAAACAAGUUUAUCUAAGUCAUAACAAAUUUACAGAGUUCCCUUCACAAUUACUAUGCUUAAACAACUUGGAAGUAGUAGAUCUUUCAAAUAACAAAAUAACUCGGAUACCUGACGGGAUGUCAGAUUUUUAUGCAGCUGAAUUAAAUUUAAGCCAAAAUGAGAUAUCUAAUCUUAGUGAGGACUUACAUCAGGCUCCAAGGCUAAAAAUAUUAAGAUUAGAGGAGAAUUGCUUAAGCUUAGAUGCAGUAAGACCUAGUUUAUUAAGAGAUUCCAAAAUUCAUACUAUCAAUUUGGAUGGUAAUCUAUUUGAAACAAAACAAUUGGUAUCAGUAGAAGGAUAUAAUGAAUAUACUGAAAGAUACACAGCAUUAAAAAAGAAAAUGUUUUAA